AUGACUGCCAACUCUCAGAUUAUCCUGUUCCACUAUCCUCACUCCCCAUUUUCGGCCCGGGUCCUCUAUUAUCUUGCCCUACGAGGUAUCCCCUACGACCAAUGCAUCCAACCGCAGAUUCUACCGCGCCCAGACCUUGCGCGUUUAGGGAUCCGGUACCGCCGUAUCCCGCUGCUCUCUAUAGGUCGUGAUGUCUACCUCGACUCGCCCCUGAUCCUGCGAACGCUUGAGCGGGCCGCUGGCGCGCAGCCGUCGUUCGCCUCGACCGCGACACUUGAACAACGAGCCUUGGAACAGUUGCUGGCAAAAUUCGCUCUGGACACCAGUCUCUUCAAGAAUAUUGUCCAGGUUCUUCUUCCCCAAACACCGCUGAUCCACAACCAAGCGUUUAUGAAAGAUCGUGUGGAUAUGAUGGGCGGCGGGCCUGAGUUUGAUUUCGGCAACUUUGUACUGGCCACUCGACCGGACGCUAUAGUUGAGGUGAAGAACGCUGUGGAGAUGUUGGAAACUACACUACUUGCGGACGGGAGGCAGUGGCUCGCGGGCACUGCCGUGCCCAGCCUGGCUGACAUCGAGAUGGUGUGGCCGUUGCACUGGCUCUUCUCGACGCCAGGCGCACUCCCAGAAGAACACAUCUCACCACGCCAGUUCCCCAAGGUAUUUGCCUGGGUUGACAGAUUUGAAGCAGCUGUGGGCCAAGCCCGGAAAGCUCUGCGUGCCCCGGAGGCGCUUUCUGGCGAGCGAGUUGCAGAAAUAUUGAAAAUGGCCGCGGCGGACGAGGCGGGAGAUCUGGUGGAUCCAAGCGACCCCUUGGUUCAGGCACGCGGUCUUCAGAAGGGACAGCUGGUGCAGUUGUGGCCUGCUGAUACUGGAUCGAGACACAAAACCGUAGGCAGACUUAUCGGUCUGACGGACAAGGAGAUCACGAUUGAGACAACCGAGGGAGAAGUAUCGGUUCGGGUCCAUGCCCCAAGGCACGGUUUCCAUGUCGCUCCGCUUGCAUCGGAGAAGGCAAAUCUUAGUUAA